GGAGGAAAGAAGGAAGAAUUCUUUACACCGAAUCAAUUAAAAACACUUUCUCUUUUCUAACUGGGGGAGGCCCAGAAAAACUCUGAGUCAGAAACUCUGGGAGGGAGACAUUCAGAUGUAGUCAGAGGCAGACAGACUUUGGAAGGCAGCGCUUUGAUCAGGACAGAUCAGCCCUGUGUGUCCCCAGCCUCUCCCCUGCUCCCCCAUCCCGGGCUUCCUAGUGUCCAGAACUCCAGGUCUAUCUAAGCACACGGUGGUGGGGGGUGAGAGCGGGUCAGCGCCAAGCAGCCGGGUCAGCUCAGAGGCCUGAGGGGGAAGAGAGGGGGAGGGGCGCUCAAGAGCUGGGGGAGGGGGAGGGCCCAUUCAUUUCUCCCUUGACAGGUGGUUUGUGUUUCUGAUUGGCCAGCGCCGCCAGGCUCACACCUCCCUCCCCCAACUCUCUGGAAUGUAUAAUUAUCUGCGCGGGGGGUGGGGGUGGGGUGUGUGUGUGUGUGUGUGUGUGUGUGUGUGUGUGUGUGUGUGUGUGCAGUCACGUGGUUUUAAAACUACCCCCCCACCAGGUCCCCCACCUGUAUCUGCUUUGGGGACCCCUAUUGAGUCCAAAGUUCAGGAUCCCAAAUUCCGGGGUACUCAAGUCUUCUAGGGCAGACAGACCCAUCUCCAGAUAUGCGUGUGGGGAGGGGGUGUCAAACCUCAAGGUUCUGAGAAGGGACACCCCAGAGGUGUCAGAGACCGGAGCAGUGGGGGAGGGCCGGAGCUGGAGCCGGAGGGAAAGGGAGGGGAAAGGAGAGGGAGGGGAGGGGAGGGGGCUGCCCGCAGGGGGUUGGGUCAUUGUCUUUUAGAAUUUGGGAGCCUUUGAAAAGCCGUGGGCCCUCCCACCGCUAUUGUGCGGGGGAAGAUGUAGCAGCUUCUUCUCCGAACCACCCCUUUGCCUUCGGACUUCUCCGGGGCCAGCAGCCGCCCGACCAGGGGCCCAGGGCCACGGGCUCAGCCGACGACCAUGGGCUCCGUGUCCAACCAGCAGUUUGCAGGUGGCUGCGCCAAGGCGGCAGAAGAGGCGCCCGAGGAGGCGCCGGAGGACGCGGCCCGGGCGGCGGACGAGCCUCAGCUGCUGCACGGUGCGGGCAUCUGUAAGUGGUUCAACGUGCGCAUGGGGUUCGGCUUCCUGUCCAUGACCGCCCGCGCCGGGGUCGCCCUCGACCCCCCAGUGGACGUCUUUGUGCACCAGAGUAAGCUGCACAUGGAGGGGUUCCGGAGCUUGAAGGAGGGUGAGGCAGUGGAGUUCACCUUUAAGAAGUCAGCCAAGGGUCUGGAAUCCAUCCGUGUCACCGGACCUGGUGGAGUAUUCUGUAUCGGGAGUGAGAGGCGGCCAAAAGGGAAGAACAUGCAGAAGCGCAGAUCAAAAGGAGACAGGUGCUACAACUGUGGAGGUCUAGACCAUCAUGCCAAGGAAUGCAAGCUGCCACCCCAGCCCAAGAAGUGCCACUUCUGCCAGAGCAUCAGCCAUAUGGUAGCCUCAUGUCCGCUGAAGGCCCAGCAGGGCCCUAGUGCACAGGGAAAGCCAACCUACUUUCGGGAGGAAGAAGAAGAAAUCCACAGCCCUGCCCUGCUCCCAGAGGCGCAGAAUUGAGCUACAAUGGGUGGGGGCUAUUCUUUUGCUAUCAGGAAGUUUCGAGGAGCAGGCAGAGUGGAGAAAGUGGGAAUAGGGUGCAUUGGGGCUAGUUGGCACUGCCAUGUAUCUCAGGCUUGGGUUCACACCAUCACCCUUUCUUCCCUCUAGGUGGGGGGAAAGGGUGAGUCAAAGGAACUCCAACCAUGCUCUGUCCAAAUGCAAGUGAGGGUUCUGGGGGCAACCAGGAGGGGGGAAUCACCCUACAACCUGCAUACUUUUGAGUCUCCAUCCCCAGAAUUUCCAGCUUUUGAAAGUGGCCUGGAUAGGGAAGUUGUUUUCCUUUUAAAGAAAGAUAUAUAAUAAUUCCCAUGCCAGAGUGAAAUGAUUAAGUAUAAGACCAGAUUCAUGGAGCCAAGCCACUACAUUCUGUGGAAGGGAAUCCCUCAGGAGUAAGCAGUGGUUUUUUUCACAUCUUGUAUCCUCAUACCCACUUUUGGGAUAGGGUGCUGGCAACUGUCCCAAGCAAUGGGUAAUGAUGAUGGCAAAAAGGGUGUUUGGGGGAACAGCUGCAGACCUGCUGCUCUAUGCUCACCCCCGCCCCAUUCUGGGCCAAUGUGAUUUUAUUUAUUUGCUCCCUUGGAUACUGCACCUUGGGUCCCACUUUCUCCAGGAUGCCAACUGCACUAGCUGUGUGCGAAUGACGUAUCUUGUGCAUUUUAACUUUUUUUUCCUUAAUAUAAAUAUUCUGGUUUUGUAUUUUUGUAUAUUUUAAUCUAAGGCCCUCAUUUCCUGCACUGUGUUCUCAGGUACAUGAGCAAUCUCAGGGAUAGCCAGCAGCAGCUCCAGGUCUGCGCAGCAGGAAUACUUUUUGUUGUUUUUGCCACCAUGGAGAGCAACUAUUUGGAGUGCACAGCCUAUUGAACUACCUCAUCUUUGCCAAUAAGAGCUGGCUUUUCUGCCAUAGUGUCCUCUUGAAACCUCCUCUGCCUUGAAAAUGUUUUAUGGGAGACUAGGUUUUAACUGGGUUGCCCCAUGACUUGAUUGCCUUCUACUGGAAGAUUGGGAAUUAGUCUAAACAGGAAAUGGUGGUACACAGAGGCUAGGAGAGGCUGGGCCAGGUGAAAAGCCCAGAGAGCAAGCCAAGAUUAGGUGAGGGUUGUCUAAUCCUAGGGCACAGGACGUGCUUUACAUCUCCAGAUCCAUUCUUCACCAGAUUAGGUUAGGCCUACCAUGUACCACAGGGUGUGUGUAUGUUUGUAAAACUAGAGUUGCUAAGGAUAAGUUUAAAGACCAAUACCCCUGUACUUAAUCCUGUGCUGUCGAGGGAUGGAUAUAUGAAGUAAGGUAAGAUCCUUAACCUUUCAAAAUUCUCGGGUUCCAGGGAGACACAUAAGCGAGGGCUUUGUGGUGCCUGGGGCCUGUGUCCUGCCCUGCUGCAGUAGUGAUUAAUAGUGUCAUGGUAGCUAAAGGAGAAAAAGGGGGUUUCGUUUACAUGCUGUGAGAUCACCGCAAACCUACCUCACUGUGUUGAAACGGGACAAAUGCAAUAGAACGCAUUGGGUGGUGUGUGUCUGAUCCUGGGUUCUUGUCUCCCCUAAAUGCUGCCCCCCAAAUUACUGUAUUUGUCUGGGCUUUGUAGGACUUCACUGAGUUGAUUGCUAGGUGGCCUAGUUUGUGUAAAUAUAAUGUAUUGGUCUUUCUCCAUGUUCUUUGGGGGUUUUGUUUACAAACUUCUUUUUGUAUUGAGAGAAAAAUAGCCAAAGUAUCUUUGACAGAAGGUUCUGCACCAGGCAAAAAGAUCUGAAACAUUAGUUUGGGGGGCCCUCUUAAAGUGGGGAUCUUGAAUCAUCCUUUCUUUUGUAUUCCCCUUCCCCUAUUACCUAUUAGACCAGAUCUUCUGUCCUAAAAACUUGUCUUCUACCCUGCCCUCUUUUCUGUUCACCCCCAAAAGAAAACUUACACACCCACACACACACACAUUUAAUGCUUGGAGCGUCUCCACAACCACACCCACACACACACACAUUUAAUGCUUGGAGUGUCUCCACAACUCUUAAACGAUGUACGCAAAAAUCCUGAAGCUAGGAAAACCCUCCAUCCCUUGUUCUUCCCAAC